UCUUACGAAUUCUUGCACGCGAGCCAAACGAAGAAGGAAAUAAGGGCUAACCUUGAACCAAAUACUUAUCAGUCCUUUACUGAGAAGCUAAGGUCUCUGUUCUAAGAUGCGGCUGAGAGCUCCUUGUUCGCACUAUUUACUUCUUUGUUCAUUCUUAUGGCAAAACGGAGUGGGAUUCGCAAGUAUAGUGAAAAAAACAAAUAAUGAGAGGAGAGCUCUACGAGUGGAAAAGCUGAAUGAAUACGACCGCAUUCUUGGCCCCAUUAUCCCAGGCAGUGCAAGCAUUCUCACGCUGGAAUUUUCUUUGAGAAUCAACAAACUAGUCAAAGUGGACACAAAGAAUCAAGUUAUAGUACUGGAUGUGUGGGUUUUUCAGAGGUGGAAUGAUGUAUUUCUUAAAUGGCGCGGAGAGGCGAAAUACCAAGUUACUAAAACACGCUUCAGUCCUCAGGAAAUCUGGGUUCCUGAUGUCGCACUCAUCAACAACGCAGAUAAGUCGGUGCGUCUUGCGGGCGGUCCUGAGCUGUUCAAAACAGAUUUGAAUGUUUGGCAAGGUGGAAAAGUGGAAUGGGUGGCGCCUGCUUCAUUCACCAGCGAUUGCAAGCUGAGGGUGCGAUACUGGCCGAUAGAUGACCAGUUCUGUACACUAACGUUUUCCUCAUGGACGUACGAUGACCAGGAGAUAAUCAUAGAAACGGAUGACAGCGAAUUGACAAGGGAUCAUCUGCAUAACAGCCAAUGGGACAUUAUCAACAUCACAGCCCAAACAGGGCUUCUUGAUCACAACAAUUGCUGUAACCAGAACUUCAGCUCAGUGAGCUACACGAUCCACAUGCGUCGUAAGCCGCUCUUCCUGCUCUUCUUCCUGGCCUCACCAGCGGUCAUCCUGGUUGCGCUGAGUCUCGCCAGCUUCGCUAUCCCGGCCGAGAGCGGUGAAAGGAUCGGCUUCGUCACUACUAUCCUACUCGCCAUGAUGGUCUUCCUGCUGCUGCUGCCCGAGUACAUUCCGGACAAUGCCGACGAGCUUCCGAUCAUCGGUAUCCUGUUGGUUAUCACAAUGGUCGUCAUCACCGCCGUGCUUCUCGCCACCAUCUUCGUUCUCAGGUUCUAUCAUCAUGCUGGGCAACCCUCCCCGUUCAUCAAGGGACUUCUGAAUUUUCAAAUCUUCAAAAAGAAGCAGAACCGAAAAGUCGAGAAGGACACGAAGAACAGUUUUGUAAACGACGUUCACUUCAACGAGGACGACGCGCAAUCAUCGAUUGAGCUGAAAGACCUUGAAAAUCAAACCGAAGUCCACGGUGAAUAUGAUGAGGAAUUGAAAGGGCAAACCGCGCAUGCUCACCCCGCGUGUCCGCCUGCCCAUUUUCUUAAGAGGUGCCUAUUUCUUGACUGCUGCACGCGAAAGAAAAACCGCGUAGAUAUCGGCAUCGUGGGAGAGGCUCGGCCAAACGACCGAGACACACAAGCCUCUGGAUCAAAUGAAAGUUGCUGUGAUGACGAUCAGCUGGUGACCUGGCAAGACUUGUCCGUUCGUCUGGAUGCGAUCAUGUUCUUUGCUGUCCUGGUAAUGUCCUUGAUCGCCUGCUCGCUGAUCUAUGUUUUGCGUUAGGUCUAGCUCACGUUUCGUAGAUCCAAAUAACCAACAA